AUGAAGCUAUCGACACUGUAUGGGUCACCUCUUGGACUUGCUCAAGAAAAUGGUGACUUGGGAGCCAGCGGACAAGCGUCAUUCAAUAUCGUGAUUCCGGCAGUUUGUCCAAAAGCAAACCUGGCGAACUUGGAGUUGAAAAGAGCGGGCCGUUCAAUACCAGACAGAAUCCAUUCGCUGUCAACUUGUGCAUUGGAACAUAAUCCACGUUCCACAGCAGAUAGAAGCCCGCCGAGCCGAGCUCAUAAACCACGGCCCAUCAUCAUUCUCCUACCGUCGUCCUCAUCAAAGAGAUCAGUACCGAUGCGGCCCUCGUCGGUCCUGAAAAUGGCCUCGGCCUCGGUCCCGAAGGGGAGCGGCCUCCGCCCCGCGCCGAUGGCCCUGCUGCCGCCCAUCCCUCUGUACCGCCGUCUGUUCCGCGCACACCGCAAGCACCUGCCCUCCGAGAUGCGGGUGCUGGGCGACGAGUAUAUCAAGGCCGAGUUCCGCGCGCACCGCAACGUCGACAACCCGGCGCACCUGAUCGGUUUCCUCACCGAGUGGCAACUGUACGCCCAAAAGAUUGAGGGCGACCAAUGGCGCGGGGAGAAGAUUGACCCCGUCAAGGUUGCUAAGAUGAGCGAUGAGCAGAUCGGCCAGCUGUAUGAGUUGAUGAAGGCGAUUCGCGAGAGGCGCGAGCGGGGCGACACGGAAGAAGAGUCAUGAUGCUACCUGAUAUUGUUUUGUGUUGCUUUGGAAUAUUGGGCAUUGAUGACUUACUCACAUCAACAAUCUUCAUCGGCGUGGUUCGGAAUUAGGAACCAGGCGCAAUAAAAUCUUACCUCGGGGCACAUGGAUAGAGAGAGAAGAAGAGAGAGAGGAGAACCUGGGUGGAGUGUACAGUAUCAAUGAAGGGUGUUUGAUUACACAAGUACAGUUUCGUGAGGGCGUCUAGCUAGAAUGUAAAACCACCAGACCCGUCUACAUCUAUAUCCACAUCUACAUCCAAUUCGAAUUUCAUCCG